CUGCCGUUGCCGUAGUGCCAGUGUAGUGAUUCCCAUCGUGUCAGGUGUCAGUAUUCAGUCGUGCAGCAGUCACUGGUUUUCAGUCGGUUAGUUAAAAUUACGUAGUUGAGAAAGUAGGAAUUAGAACAUCGUUCGCGGACGGAAGUUGAGUGUAGGUAGUUGAAUCGUGAAAAUAAUGGCUUCGUCACGGAAAAAACAGGACGAGAAGAACUUGAAGACUUUGCGUGAAUUAGGUGCCUUUCCCCAAAACAAAUACUGUUUCGAUUGUAACCAACGCGGGCCUACCUAUGUGAAUGUUACCAUUGGAUCCUUUGUGUGUACAAAAUGUUCUGGAAUGCUACGCGGAAUCACGCCGCCACACCGAGUGAAGUCAAUAUCUAUGGCCACAUUCACCAACGAAGAAAUAGAUUUGCUGCGGAACCGAGGCAACCAAUACUGUCGUAGGGUGUGGCUGGGCUUGUACGAGGGCGCGUCGCCGGGCACCGACGAAACAUCGAUCAAAGACUUCAUGGUGGAAAAAUACGAGAAACGUCGCUAUUACCUGGACCCGGUCCAUUCGAAAGUGUCGGAGGUGGCGUCGCAGUCGCCGUUGACUACGGACACUCCGAAAGCGGCGAAAGUCAACGGGGCUCAGAUGCAGUCGGCGCACAGGACGAGACCGGAAGUGAACAGGAAUAACGUCAGUGGCGGGUUCGCGGUUGAUUUCGAUCGGGCUGAUAUUUUCGGGGCUGGCAAGACCACCACGACUAACGGCAACCACCAGGAGAUUAACGCGCCGCAGCAGAACGGUUUCGCGAACUUCGACAAUAAUCCCGUUUUCGGGAACAGCGCGAAUACGGCGACGAAUACUGGUUUCCCAACACAAGCGACAUUCAACAACAUAAACAACUGGUCAAACCUGCAGUCGAAUCCUCCGCCUUUGAACGGUUCACUGAACGGAACCCUGAAUGGUUCUUUGAACGGUACGAAGCCUCAACCUGUAAUGCACAUGUCAGUUCAAAUGGCAGGUGCUGGUCCCAUCCAGUACCAUUGUAGCAGCGUGGACAGUGUGGAGCUGUUUUCAUUGCUGUGCAGUCUCUUUUCGGUUUCAAGGAGAUUCAUUCCAGGUCAGUUCAUAACUGCUUUUUCCGCUUCGCAAGAAAACGGGAUCGGAAACAUUUCUAAUCCCUUCAACAGCGGAGGCGUGAACUCUGUCAACUGGGGAAACGUCAACGGCGUGCAACCGACUCCACAGUCGUUCGCCAAUCCAUUCCGGGACCCGAUCAAGUCGAACGGAUCUUCUCAUCAGGUCUUCCAACCUAUAACUGCCUUUUCCGUGAACACAGUGCCUGUUGCUGUGAAUGGUACAAACGGAUGGACCGCGAAUCCUUUCAAGGUUGGCGGGACAUCAACCAUGAAUUCGAACAACCCGUUCUUAUGAAAAAGCCGCGACCACCAAGAGCCUAUGCCAGUGUGCCCUACGAUUAUAAGCAAGUUUUAGCCCACAUGUUAACUCAUUAUAACGAACCACAUAAUAUAUGAAUAUAUUCUCUCUCUAUUCACCUCUCUAUUUUCACCAGGCGAAAGAAGGAAAUGUUAUCUACCGGGCAAAUGUCAAACUUUCUAAUUUAUUUUUUUGUUAUGGUGUAUUUAUUUAUUGGUCCGCGGCCCCGAUGAGAGUACAGCGGGAACUUGUAUCAAAGUUAUGCCAAAAAUGCUUUCGUCUAUUAUAUUAUAUAUACAUAAAACUGUUGUAGGUUAGGUUAGGUUAAGGUAUUCUCUAGGUAGAUUUUAAAUACGCUUAUGCAAGAAAAACAGUAACGAUUGCCUUUCACUAUUUGUAGAUUUUCGGAGAGUUACACGAUCAAAAGCUCAGGACAAAUCGGGUUACAGUUUAUGUGUGCACAGGGUGGUUCCUCUUUCUGCUUUGGAAGUUGAAAUAUUGUAAAGACUGAAAUUAUGUUGGGAAGUUGCCUGCAAAUUGUAUCUUGUGGCUGUAAAAUAUUGAUGUGUUAUACUUCUUACAAAACUAAUUUUGAAUCGGAGUUCAAAAUCACAAAUUGGGUCUUGCAUACCUUUGAAUCAAAUCAUCAUCCUAAAUUUGAAAUAGUCAUCUAAUGAAAUCAAAUUGACAUUCCAACUUUUGAAAUUACCACUUGAAUCAACAAUUGCCAACUUUAAAGAAGAAAUGUUCUGUAGAAAUGACAGCUGUCUCCCAAAAUGUCAACUUACACUGACACUGGAAGUAGUUGUUUUGUUGGCAAUUCUGCUCGAAAUGGUGGGUGUUGAAUUAUAUAUCUUCAACUUAAAAUAUAAUGUAUGCAUUACCUCAUCCACAGUAUAUUCUUUUCCUGUUUAUGAUAUUGUCAACUGUCAAAAUUGAUCUCUGGAAUGUUUAAAAUAAAAAUAUACUCGUAUGAAAAUUUCAUUUCUAUAUUCACAUGGUCUUUCAUACAUCCAAUGAAUAUCAUUGAUCAAUCGCAAAAGCUGUCAAAUGACGUCACUGAUCAAUUUACAAUGAAAUCUGAUGAAGUAAUUUUUGUAGAAAAAUGAUCUGUAACCGAUAUUGGCAAGUGACACCAUACUGUUAUUAUCCAAACAAAACACUUAGUCAUAGUAAAACUCAACUGAUAAGUCCACUCCCACUUCUUUCAUUCAUAAAUUCACCGAGUUCUCAGUGACCUCGAAACGAAGUGCAGAGCCAAUUUCGUUCGUAAAUCACUUAUAACCAACUACAAAAGCUAAAAACAAUAAUAACGACAGCGAAUAAACUAAACACAAUAAUUUUCAACCGUUUAUUAUAACUAAUCCGAUGCUCGUGGUACGUCGAAUCCUUUAAUACUACAGCACUGAACGCGAUGGAUGAGAAUCUCAUCCUAAGAGUGGUUGAAGGUCUUUGGCAACUUGGGUGGAUCACGUGGUGAGAGAGCCUACUGCUUGUAUUAUUCUACUGUGACUUUGUUGUUUGUGAUAUGAAAGAGAAAUUUUCCAUAUUAAGAGCACCAGGUUCAAAAAACUUAGCAGUCCCAGGGUCAAAGCCACUUCCAUAUAGUGAGAAACAUUGAAUUUUAGUGAAGCCCAAGCAAACAGAAAUGACAUUUGUAACUGUUGAUGACGAUUAUAGAUUCAAAGAGAAAUUAUAACUCUUAUGGAAUCAGUAUAUUCAACUUUUCAAACACUCGAAAUUGUUAUUUGUAAUGGCAACUUCCAACCAAAUAAUAAUUGUCAACAAAUUGACAGUUACAUUGACAUGGUGGCUAUCACAGUAUAUACUUGUCAACUUCAACUGAGAUUUGGGUCAGUAAAAUUGUAACAACUUGUAAAUCUUCAAGAUAUUCACUUCCCAUUCCAAUCGAGGAUAUGAAUGUCAAUUUGAAGUAGACUCUGUUAACCCUAAUUAACUAUUGGGAAUGUUUGCUCCACAUGAACCAUAUCCUCAUAACAGUGAGGUUAUAAAUGUCAAUUUGAAGUAUAUUUUCCUAACCUCAAUUAACAAUUGUAGAAUCCACUUGCAAUUAUAAUUACUUCUUGUAAACCUUUUCAAAAUGUUUGCUCAAUGUGACAAUUUACAGCUCAAAACACCAAUUGUUAACUGGAGGUAAUGGAUGUCGACUCUUGACAUUUACAAUGAAUGUAGUCUCAUGAUGACAAUUAUUGUCGAACAACUUGAUGUAGUAUAUAUAUAUGUAGUUUAGGUAUAUCUGUAUGUAGCCCAAAUCUCUUGAUACAAGAUAUGUUCUUCAAGAUAGCAUUUAAACCACUUUAUGAUUUUUUUUGUGAUAUGAGAAAAAGGAACUACCCUAUUUUUAUUUUGAAACAUUAUUGAGCUCUGAUGGCUUCUGAGAAAGUUAUUAUUAAAGUUUUGUUGCAAUUUUGAGCAUCAAUCAAUUGACGACAUAUUCUGUGAUAAAAAAUUGCUGACACUAAUUGUUCUUAUACUAAACGAUAGAUCUAAUACAGUAGCGGAGUAUUUUAUGGUGUUUUUUAGAAGAAGAAGAUUCGCCAUAUUGGAACAUAGCGUGACUAUUUUUCCGUCCUGGACACUAACAUAGGAAUCUUUUUUGCGAGCACAAUGUUCUGUAUAUUCAUGAAUAAUGUCGAAAUGGUUGUGUAAAUAAAAUUUAACACCAA